AUGGAGUUGGAUGUUAUCCAACUAGUAAAGACUCUGAGGAAAUUCAAGCUGCUUUCAUAAUCAUUGUUAAAUCAGCAACAUAGAAUGCUUUUGAGAUUUUAAAGACAAAAUUUACUUGAGACAAGUUCUGAUUCUUCAGACUCUGAUGACAAUAAUUUAGAUACUUUAAGGUUAAUGGAACAUUCAAAUCCAAUGGUAAGGUUGGUUACUUAUGGGAAGCUAAAGAAGAUGAUGUAGUCAUUUGAAGGUAGAAAACUCUAAUAAUUAGAAAGAUAAAAUAAAGAACUAAAAUGCAAAGAUGUCUUUGCUUUAAAGACUGCAGUGUUAAUUUCCAAAGGAGCCUGA